AAAAUGAAAGAAGAGUUUUAAGCUUUGAAGAGUCAUCAUGGAAGAUUCGGAAGGGCAUCAUUUCAGCUCAGUGGAAGAGGAAGCCAGAUACUGGAAAGAGAUGGCUAUGAAAUACAAGCAGCAUGCUGAGAACACACAGGAGGAACUGCAGGAGUUCCAAGAAGGGAGUCGAGAGUAUGAAGCUGAACUGGAGACUCAGCUACAGCAAACAGAGUCCAGAAACAGAGACCUCCUGUCAGAAAACAAUCGUCUGAGAAUGGAGCUGGAGUCAAUCAAAGAAAAGAUUGAAAUGGAGCAUUCAGAAAGAUACCGGCAGAUCUCUGCGCUGGAAGAUGACUUGGCACAGACAAAAGCUAUUAAGGAUCAACUUCAGAAAUACAUUCGAGAACUCGAGCAAGCAAAUGAUGACUUGGAAAGAGCAAAAAGAGCCACUAUAAUGUCCCUGGAAGAUUUUGAGCAGCGUUUGAACCAGGCUAUUGAACGAAAUGCUUUUCUGGAGAGUGAGCUGGAUGAGAAGGAGAACCUUCUGGAGUCUGUGCAGCGCCUGAAAGAUGAAGCUAGAGAUCUACGACAAGAGCUUGCAGUGCAGCAGAAACAGGAGAAACCCAAAACACCAAAGCGAGCUGCCCUGGAAACAGAGAGAACAGACACUGCAGUUCAAGCAUCCUUAUCUGUGCCUGCGACUCCCUCCGUGCACCGGACACCCAACAUUAACAGACACACGCCUAUGACACUUAGGAGAGGUCUCGAGGACAGUUACAGUGCCACUCCUCUCACACCUGCUGCAAGAAUAUCUGCACUUAACAUUGUGGGAGACUUGCUGCGAAAAGUGGGAGCUUUGGAGUCCAAACUUGCAUCUUGCCGAAACUUUGUGUAUGACCAGUCUCCAAACAGAGCCACCGUGUCCAUGAGUAUGAACAGAGAUGUCCUUGAAACACGCCUGAGCCCUCACCAGCCUCUGUGUGAUACGGGGUUAAUGAGACGCCUGGAGUUUGGGACACAGCCUUCAAAUGUUCCAGGACCAAUGAGCCAUCCCUCACAAAGCGUUGUCAAGAUGCUGCUAUGAAAAGCCUGAUUGGCUUUGGAAAAGUUAGAAAUGAAAUAUGUAUUUUACACUUUAGUUUUUAAGGGAAUAUCACUGAACAAUCAGGCAGCAGUCUCAGGGUAGGUGAGAGCUGAACAAGAAACUGCUGUUGGCAAGAAACUGCAGUUGGCAGUUGCUUACUGUGUCCUUGCCUGCUCUGGCCUCUUGGACAGUUUCUCUGGGCAGUGUGAUAAAUCAAUGCUGUCUAGCAGUGCAGGACUUAGAAUUGCUUCCUACAUCAGUUGCUCUAAAUAAGUCACUUUCAAAGAGCUCUCCUGACACUGCCAGUAAAGCCAUUGUCCCUCUACCUACAGCAGAGAAGCAUUCCCUGUUGCAGCUGCUCAGAGUUUGGCUUUUGGUCUUCAUACAGCAUCAUGCUGUUCCAGCUUAAGUUGUGGUUGUGCUGGCUUUCUGUCAUUGAUCUUGAGUGUUGCAGUCCCCUGAAUUAGAGUGCUUUAUGUGAAGAUAGGUGUAUUUCUGCAGGGAAGCUGCUCAGCUCUUUGUGGGAUGUUUGCUGGUCAGAGUCUUGCUGCACAGGAACCUUUCUGUAG